AAUAUAUAUAUUCCGUUGUAUUCCGAUUACAACAUAAACAAGCAAAGUUUCCUGGAGUUUCAUUAGAAACCCAAUGGAAGAUCAAAGCUAACAAUCUCCACGAGGAUUAGCUCAAGGAAACUCGUCCUACAUGGGAAACAUGAAAAGAAAUCAUUUGGGAUGGAGUGUCAGGGUACUUCUGGUAACUCCGAGGAUGAAUCUUCUACAUCUCAAAGACUCAAAUUGAUGUGGAGCAGCUCAAAAUGCAGAUGCAGAAACUCAAAAAUGACAUGAAGGAAAUGAGGCAUGGGAAUGUUGAUAAAGGAAGAGAACUGAUGCAGAUGUUAGAAAGACUCACUGAACAGCUUGAUGAUAUAAAAUCCCAUGUUACCAAAGCAGACACAAAUGUUGAGUGUCAUGGAGAAGAUAUUCUUGUGCAGUAGCCUAUCUUCAAGAGGGUAGCCUUGUGCGAAGGCAGGCCGGGUGCUAGGGUAUUGUUGCCGUGUGCGAAGGGUAUUUCUCUCUCUCUCUCUCUCUCUUUCUCUCUCCGGUGGUAGUAGAUCCGGCGGCUCGGGUGCGAAGGAAGGCUGGGUGCGAAGGGUUCCUCAUGUAGAGGAUCCAAAUACUCUGGAAGAAAUAUUUUUGUAAGUUUUUUUAGCGAGUAGAGGAAGAAGUAUUCACGCAUGAUGGGUGUUCGGCGCCGCCACCGCAUACCAGAUCUCAAGUUACUACUUGGAUACUUGCGCAACCGCUGCCAGCCUCCGUCGCUGCUAUUGCAAAUCCACGCCGCUCUCAUCACCACAGGCUACCUCCUCCCUUCCCCAUCCUCCCACCCCGACGACAUUCCCAUUCCCGGGCGCACCCCCACCACCUUCGUCUACAACAUCCUGAUACGGGCUUACCGAGGCCUCCCCCAUGCAUGUCUCAUUCUCUUCUCCCAAAUGCUCUCCCACGGCGUCCCUCCCAAUCACCACACGUUUCCUUCACUUAUAAAAGUCGUCGCCGCCACCUACUGCUGUACCUACUCCGUCCCAACCCUCCACUCUCAGGCCUUCCGCCGCGGUCUCACCCUCGACGGAUUCAUUAACUGCUCCAUAGUCGACUUUUACGCACGUGCUCAUGAUCUCGAUUCUGCACGAAAGACGUUCGAUGAAUUAUCCUAUCCGGACUUGGCCUCCUGCAACUCGAUCCUCCAUGCGCUAUGCCUCCACGGCAACCUUGCUUCUGCUCUUAGGGUGUUCGAUAGAAUGGUCGAUAGAGACAUUAUUACGUGGGCAAGCCUCAUCAAUGGUUACGCCAAGAAUUAUGAGUUUCAUUCAGCAAUUUCCCUCUUCAGACGAUGGAUUAUGCAGAAGGAUGUUCCUUUGACACCGAAUGAAGCUAUGUUGGUCAGCUCCCUCUCUGUGUUCGCCAAUUUGGAUGGUCUCGAUGCUCAAUUGAAUGGCCGGGAGAUUCAUGGUUACAUCAUCCGGAAUGAAGCCCCUUUGACAGCAUUCCUAGGGACUGCAUUGAUCGACAUGUACAACAAGCAUGGCCUUUUGUCUUAUUGCACGAGCAUAUUUAAAGCGACAUUGGAGAAGGAAGUCUGCACUUGGAAUGCAAUGAUCUCGGCUCUUGCUUGCAAUGGUAAGGCGAUUGAAGCCCUGAUCUUGUUUGAAGAAUUCAGAGCUGCAGACAUGCAUCCCAAUCACAUCACAUUUGUUGCAGUUUUAUCUGCUUGCUCUAGACAAAAGUUAGUAGAAAUCGGUUUAGAGUGGUUCAAGGCAAUGUAUUCCAGAUUUGGAGUGGUUCCAUUGAUGGAGCACUAUGGGUGCGUAGUUGAUAUUUUGGCCAGGGCUGGUUUCUUGAAGGAGGCAGUUGAGUUCAUCAGGAGGAUGCCUUUUGAGGCUGAUGCAUCAGUAUGGGGUGCACUUUUGGGGUCUUGCAAGGUCCAUGAAGAUGCACAAGUUGUGGAUAAUGUGAGGAAAGAAUUGGCUAGACUACACUUUGGGAGUUCCGGUCGUAAUAUGAUUCUCAGGAACUUAUAUGCUGCAGCUGAGAGAUGGAACGAUGCUGCAGAGCUAAAGAUUGCAUGGGAGAAAUCAGGGAUGAGAAAGCCCACUGGGCAUAGCUGGAUUGUUUCUUGAAAAUAUGUUGGAAGAAUGUAACUUUGGAUACUUGGGCAAACCAAGGAGAAACAGACUUGGUGAAAUGUACCUUCUGGCAGUUAGUAUCCAAUAACUUCGGUUAGAUGGGAAAUGCCUUGCACUCUUCCUCUGAGAAAUUUGGUCAUGCUCCUGCAUCUAG